AUGGCUACUGAGUUCAAGUCUCAAGUGUUCUUGAGUUACUAUGGCAAUACUUUUGCAGAUCAUCUCUAUGAAGCUCUGGUGGGAGCAGGUUUUGUAACACUAAGAGGUGGUGAUGGAAAUGAGGGAGGAGAACAAAUCAAGUUUGAAUUACAAAAGGGUGUUGAAGAAUCAGGGGUUUCAGUUAUAAUCUUUUCAAAUGAUUAUGUGUUUUCAAGUUUGUGUCUUGAUGAGUUGGUAAUGGUCUUGGAUUGGAAAAGGAUAUCAAGAGGUGCAGUUCUGCCCAUAUUUUACCAUGUGGAUCCUUCUGAUGUUAGGAAGCAAAAGGGGAGAAUUGGAGAAGCAUUUGAUAGGCAUGAGGAAGAACUGGGAAGGAAUCAAAGUGGAAAUGAGUGGAAAGCUAAGGUUAGAAAAUGGAAGGAAGCACUUAAACAAGUUGCAGACUUGGGAGGAAUGGUCUUACAGAACCAAGCUGAUGGACAUGAGUCCAAAUUCAUACAGAAGAUCCUUAAAGUGGUUGAGAAUAAACUGAGCAGGCCAGUCCUGUAUAUUUGUCCUCAUCUGAUUGGAAUAGAACGACGUGUUGAAAAGAUCAACUCAUGGCUAGAGGAUGGAUCUACUGAUGUUGACACACUUGUUAUUUGUGGCAUCGGUGGAAUAGGGAAGACAACAAUGGCAAAGUAUGUAUAUAAUUUGAACUUCAGCAAGUUUGAUGGUAGCAGCUUUUUGUCCAACAUUAGAGAAAAUUCAACACACCGUAAAGGUUUAGUUACUCUUCAAAGACAAUUUCUUUCUGAUCUUUCCAAAAGAAAGAAGAAACCUAUGUUUUCCGUGGAUGAGGGAAUGACUGAGAUGAGAGAUGCUGUAAGUUGUAAAAGAAUCCUCCUUGUUCUUGAUGAUGUUGAUAGCCAUGAUCAAAUGGAUGCUCUACUGGAAAUGAAGGACUUCUUAUACCGUGGAAGUAAAGUUAUAGUGACAACUAGGAACAAGAGAUUGCUUAGGCCUUUUGAUGUGCAUAAGCUUUACGAGUUUGAAGCUUUGAAUAGAGAUGAAUCCAUUGAGCUCUUAAGUUGGCAUGCAUUUGGUCAAGAUUGUCCUAUUAAAGGUUUUGAAAUGUGUUCAGAACAAGUAGCAAUCCAUUGUGGAGGGCUUCCAUUAGCACUUGAAGUUCUUGGUGCUACUUUGGCAGGAAGAACCAUGGAUAUUUGGAAGAGUACAAUACAGAAGCUGGAAACAAUUCCGAAUCAUCAAAUUCUCAAGAAAUUAGCAGUAAGUUAUGAAUCUCUGGAGGAUGAUCAUGAUAAAAAUUUAUUUCUACACCUAGCUUGCUUUUUCAUUGGGAAGGACAGAGAUCUAGUAAUAGCUAUUCUCAAUAGGUGCAACUUUUACACUAUAAUUGGAAUUGAGAAUCUCAUUGACAGAAAUUUGUUAAGGAUUAGUGAGUCUAACAGGUUAGUUAUACAUCAAAUGAUUCGAGAUAUGGGAAGAGACAUUGUUCGCCAAGAAUCACCCAUGGAACCUGGGAAACGCUCUAGACUAUGGCGCUCCAAGGAUUCCUAUAAUGUCUUAAUCCAGAACCAUGCCACUCAAACAAUUCAAGGCAUUAUCCUUGACAUGGAUAUGCUCAAGGAAAAUGACAUAGUUAGUUCAAGCUUUUCUGCCAUUGAUUUCAAGAAACGCAACACAAAAAAAUUUCUCAACUAUCCUAAUCCUCAGAGUGGUCAAUUCACCAAGAAAAGGUUUGGUUUGUUUCCAUGGCAUUUGUCAGAUGCCAAAGAAGUCACAAAUGAGCUGGUUCUGGAAACUGAUGUAUUUACAAAUAUGCAAAAGUUGAGACUGCUUCAAUUUGAUCAAGUUGAGAUUCAAGGAUCUUUUGACGUUUUUCCUAAGAGAUUAACAUGGUUGCGCUGGUCAGGGCUGCAACUAGAGUGUAUGCCAAUUGACUUUCCUCUGGAGAGCCUUGUGGUGAUUGAAUUACAGCAUAGCAGAUUGAGGAAAAUCUGGCAUGGAGUAAAGGUGUGGUAUAAUGUGCUUCAGUCUUUUAAGUUCCUUAAAUAUCUGAAGAUUUUCGAUCUCAGUCAUUCCUACGAGCUUCUAAGAACACCUGAUUUUUCCGGACUCCCCAAUCUUGAGAAAUUGAUCCUUCGAUAUUGUACAAGCUUGAUUGAGCUUCAUGAGACCAUCGGAUGUCUAGAAUCACUUAUUCUGUUGAACCUCAAAAAUUGCAAAAAUCUGCAGAAACUUCCGGAUAGCAUUUGCAAGCUAAAAUGUCUGAUCACACUAAAUGUCUCUGGUUGCUCAAGUCUUGAAUAUGUCCCAAUGGAUCUAGAUAAACUAGAUUCACUGAGAGAGCUGUAUGCUGAUGAAAUUGCAGUUCACCAAAUGAUUUCUACUGCAGAAGAGGUCCAACCGUGGUAUGGAUUCCUGCGGUCCUGGUUGUGUAAGGGGACAAUAUGUCCGAAACUUUCACAUAUUUGUUUACCUAAUUCUUUGGUUACUUUGAGUCUUGCUAAAUGUAAUCUAUCCGAUGAUGCUUUUCCAGUUGCUUUCAGUAGACUCUCCUUAUUGCAAAACUUAGAUUUGAGCCAAAAUAGAAUUUGCAGUCUACCAAAGGGCAUAACUUAUCUUACUAGACUUAAGAAGCUAGAAGUGGAAGGCUGCGAAAAGCUUAAAUCACUCCUAGAACUUCCCAAUAUAGAACAUCUCAAUGUUACUAACUGCAGCUUGUUAGAGAAAAUAUCAUAUCAAUCUAGAUCACCUAGACUGAAGGAUUUGCUCGUCUCAAAUUGUGAUGAAUUAGUGGAAAUAGCUGGAAAUUUCAAGUUAGAGCCCUUGAGAAAUACUGAAGCUGAGCUACUUAGCAAGCUAGGCUUGUGGAACUUGGAUUCUAUGGGUAAUAUCAUGAUCAAUUUUACAUCUAAUAUCCUGAGUUACUACCGAAUACACAGUAAAGGGUGGACUCCAACAAGGAAGACAAAGAAAGUUGUUCUUCAGGGGCUGUACCAACUAGGCGUCUUUAGCACUUUCCUUCCAGGUGAAAGAGUUCCUUCCUGGUUUAGCUCAAAGUUCACAAAAGAAUCAUGUACAUCCUUCAAAGUGCCUACCUGUAAUUCCAGAAUUGAAGGCUUGAGUUUUUGCGUUGUGUACAAGCGUUCCUCGAUUGGGCUCUCACCAAGCAUUCUCCGUCCCACGCGCCUAACUCCGCCUUCAAGAAUUCCUCCUCUUGCCAUGUGCAAAGCUCAAGGAAGACCACUUCGUUAUAGGCCGGUGGAAAAUAAACCAUAUGAAUCAACUUUUGAUUGCCCAUGCAUUACAGUUGAUAACUUAACUCGGAGUUUGAAAUGGUCUUACCAACCCUUGUUCUAUGGAGUUCCGGGAGGGAAAGAAGGAAUGAUGUGGUUAAGCCAUUGGAAACUCGAGAAUCAAUUGAGCAGUGAUGAUGUUAUAGAGGUCAAAGUUACUGCAGGAGAUGGAAUCACAGUUAUGGAGCUUUGGGUCAAAAUUGUGCAUGUUGAAGAACCAAAAACGCUAGGGGAACCAGGUUUCGAAGAUGCAACUGCAGAGAGAGAUACUGUCAAUCCAUUUCGGGAUGUUGUUUUGAGAGAUGCCAGUUCGAAAAGUACUUGUUCUAUUCGGCUUCCUCUUACUUAUCGUUCCAUACGUGCUGUUCAUGAGCCAUUCAUAGAGAAAGCACUUAAGAGAACUAUGUCGGACCGUAACUAA